AUGCGAUCUGCUUGGCGUGCUAUACCGAUCAGCCAACAAUGUGUAUUGUGUCGACACACUUAUCCACGGUUACGAUCUCCAUUGGCAGGCCAAAGGACGACAUUGACGGGAUCGUUUAUUGAAAGGAGGAAACAAACUAUUACUACAGCACCUUUGAUUGAGGAACGUUCACGAACGAGGGAUCUCAGUAUAAUCGAUUGCCUUGAAAGGACUCGAGAGAAUGGGACUAUGAACAAUAGAAGAUAUCCAGGGGAACAAUCAAAGGCUGCAACCAUGUCAGAGUUCUAUCGAGUGCUUGCGACACAAGAUGUGGAAUGUAUUUGGCCGAUAUACACUUUCUUGUACCAGCAUCAAUACCACCAUCACCUUACAGUGCGCACCUAUCGACAAUUGUUUUCAUACAUCAGCAAAGGACGACCCACACAACGCAACCUGAAUCGAUUAUUGGCAUUGGUUGAAGAUAUGAAGGAACGAGGAAUGAAAUUGACUAUCAACGAAUACAACAUGCUAAUCAACUGGGUCGGUGGUCAAACGGUCCCUGUCAAACGCUCUCAUCACCUCACUGCAGCAUUAUCACUCUUCAAUGAAAUGCAACAACAUUAUCCACCUUCGCUGGUCUCAUACAACACGCUUAUUCAUAUCGCUUCUCAACUCUCCGAUGUACGCAUGGCACAGCGUUUAUACCACGAUAUGGUUGCACAUGAUAUUCAACCGGACGUAUACACUUAUGCAACUCUGUUGUCAAGCAUGGGAAGAAUGGGCGAUCUUGAUGGUAUCGAGAAGAUGGUGAAUGAUUUGAAGAGCUUGGAUCACUCGGCUUCAAGGAAUGUCGUUGUAUGGAAUGCUGUACUCUCAGGCUACACUUGCAAUCACAUGAACGAUAAGGCUCAAUCACUCUUUCAACAAAUGCACUCAGCGCUGUCGUCACCACAAUCACAAUCUAUGCCAGCAGCCGAUAGUGAAACAUUCAGGAUUUAUAUGCAAGCAAUGAUACAUGAGAAUAGGCGAGAUGAAGCAUUGGAUUUGUUAAAGGAGAUGGAAUUAUACAACAUGAAGCCCACAACAGCCAUUUACAACGCGCUAUUUGCAUCGUUUAUGGAUGAUGACCCUGAGGAGGAUAUGAUGUUACGUGAUCACCAUGGCAACGAUGAUACCGCCAGCAUACUUGAAUCAUUAUACACAUCAAUGCAGCAAAAUGACGUGACACCCAACUCAGAGACGAUGCAUGCACUCGUAUCAGCGCUACUCGAUGCUGGCGACAUCCAAAGAGCACUCAAGAUAUUUGUUCAUCUCAGUAAACAAGAAGACCAGUCAACAUCUACAGCACCGUUACAAGGCAUUGCAGUUGCUAUGCUUACAAAACGACGACACACCUUGGAUCACAGCCGACCGCGAAAACUUCAGCCCAAUCAAGAAUUACUAGAUCGACUGACACAUCUCAUGGCAAAGGCCAACUCAUCAUCAUCAUCAUCAAACAACCCCACUUGA